AUGGCCACCGAUCUUUCAAACUCCGUGGGCGCGUUGAGCGAUGACACUUCGACCACCUCAUCUAGUGUUUCAACUCGGACGACCUCGCUGGCAUUAUCCUUGCCGCAUUGUUGGGCUUUACACACCGGGACAAGUCAGGCGCCCCCCAUACGACCAUUGGACGACACCUAUGACUUGCGACGCAGAGGCGUGUGGCAAAAUCACAACGGGCGCACGCCCGCUGAGGUCGUUCGCAUGAUGUCGGCCCUGUCCGCCUGA